AUGUUUCGAAUCCUUCUGGAUGAGGCACACACCAUCCGAGAGCUGAGCAACCAACAGACCAAAGCAGUUCUGAGCCUCCAAGCGCUGCGUCACUGGUCUAUUACUGGUACGCCAAUCCAAAAUCGUCUGGAAGAUCUACUCUCGGUGACUAAGUUCUUGCGGCUGUUCCCCUAUGAUAAUCUGGCUCGAUUGUCUCCACAUGUCAUCAGCCCCAUGAAAAACCGGGAACGCGCACGCCCUUGCAAGCCUGAGAGUCUUGAUUGA